CGAAGAAAAUCUCUACGUCAUUGUCCGGAGGGUUCCCGUCAACCAAGAUGGCGACCACUAUGUUGAGGUUGCUCUCCGGUCUAGGACGUCCUUCAGCGAGAUUAAUAUUAAAUAAUAAGAACUUGAUCAACCCUAGCUGUGCUGUUCUUCAGAGCAGACAAAAACGAUGGCAACCAGACACAGAGUACAACGAAGCAUUUUCAGGGGCAGCGAUGUACCCCACUGAGCAAAAUCAGGACUGGAAACCACCGCCAUGGAAUGAUGUGGAUCCCAUUGCAAUGACCGACCUUGCAAAUCUGGCCCUAAAUUUUGGCCCCCAGCAUCCUGCAGCUCACGGUGUGCUACGCCUGGUGAUGGAGCUAAGUGGAGAGAUGGUUAUGAAAUGUGACCCUCAUAUUGGCUUGCUUCACCGUGGCACGGAAAAGCUCAUUGAAUACAAAACCUAUCUGCAGGCUCUGCCCUACUUUGACCGUCUGGACUAUGUGUCCAUGAUGUGUAAUGAGGAGGCCUACUCUCUGGCUGUGGAGAAGCUGCUCAACAUCCAGGCUCCAAUCCGUGCUCAGUGGAUCAGAGUUCUUUUUGGAGAGAUUACUCGCAUUCUGAACCACAUUAUGGCCGUCACCACACACGCCCUGGAUGUUGGUGCAAUGACCCCCUUUUUCUGGAUGUUCGAGGAGAGGGAAAAGAUGUUUGAGUUCUAUGAGAGAGUGUCUGGAGCGAGAAUGCACGCUGCGUACAUCAGACCUGGUGGUGUCCAUCAGGAUUUACCUCUGGGCCUGAUGGACGACAUCUAUGAGUGGUGCAAGAAUUUCUCCAUCAGAAUUGACGAAAUGGAGGAGAUGUUGACCAACAACCGCAUCUGGAAAGGUCGUACUGUAGACAUCGGAGUGGUCACAGCUGAAGAUGCUCUCAACUAUGGCUUCAGUGGGGUCAUGCUACGAGGCUCAGGCAUUAAGUGGGACCUGAGAAAAUCUCAGCCGUAUGACAAGUACGAUGAGGUGGAGUUUGACGUCCCAAUUGGAAGCAAAGGAGACUGCUACGACAGGUAUCUGUGUAGAGUGGAGGAGAUGAGACAGUCUCUGACAAUCAUUCUCCAGGCGCUCAACAAGAUGCCAGAAGGAGAGAUUAAGGUUGACGACGCUAAGGUUGCCCCGCCCAAGAGGUCCGAGAUGAAGAUGUCCAUGGAGUCUCUGAUCCACCAUUUUAAACUGUACACAGAAGGCUACCAGGUCCCUCCAGGGGCCACGUACACAGCCAUAGAGGCACCAAAGGGAGAGUUUGGUGUUUAUUUGGUGUCCGACGGCUCCAGCAGACCCUACCGCUGCAAAAUCAAAGCUCCUGGAUUCGCUCACUUGGCUGCUCUGGAUAAAAUGUCCAACGGCCACAUGUUAGCUGACGUGGUAGCCAUCAUUGGUACACAAGAUAUAGUGUUUGGUGAAGUUGACCGUUAAUACGAUUGCUGCCGGUCGCCGUCUUGUAUUCUAAGAGGAAUAAAGUGACUUUGUUUUUGUUUCUCUGAUUCUCCUCCUGGUCACUGAUCACUGUAGAGAGACCUGUGACAGUUGACUCUGCUCUAAGUCAUGGAUGUACCAUGUCUGAAUAAACCUAAUAAAUAUUUUAUUUCCCCUCA